CUUCGUCCGGAAACUGCUUCUAUUUUUGUUCUGUCUGUCUGCCUGCGGUAUGUUAGGAAGACUUGAACGGGUAGAGACGAAGACGCCGUAGACGCGAGGGACUGAUUUAAAGACUGGGGUUGUCAGGUGGCACAGAGCCUUUGAAGACCGACACCGUCCACUGUCCCCGGUUCUUCCACUGCCUCUGGAGACGUGUCUGCAGCGGCGAGCUUGUGUUCGAUCGGAUACAGGAUGUCUGGCCAGAGCAUUACAGACAGGAUAACCGCCGCACAGCACAGUGUCACCGGCUCGGCGAUUUCCAAAACUGUGUGCAAGGCGACCACGCAUGAAGUCAUGGGGCCAAAAAAGAAACAUUUGGACUACUUGAUUCAGUGCACGAAUGAGAUGAAUGUGAACAUCCCUCAGCUGGCGGACACACUGUUUGAGAGGACCACUAACACCAGCUGGGUUGUUGUCUUCAAGUCCCUCACCACUACACACCAACUGAUGGUCUAUGGCAAUGAGAGAUUCAUUCAGUAUCUGGCUUCAAGGAACACACUAUUCAACCUGAGCAAUUUUUUGGACAAAAGUGGAUUACAAGGCUAUGAUAUGUCAACGUUCAUAAGGAGGUAUAGCCGCUACCUGAAUGAGAAGGCUGUGUCCUACAGACAAGUCGCUUUUGAUUUCACUAAAGUAAAAAGAGGGUCUGAUGGGUUGAUGAGAACGAUGAACACAGAGAAACUCCUCAAGACCAUCCCUAUCAUCCAAAAUCAGAUGGAUGUGUUACUCGAUUUCAAUGUCAAUGCUAACGAACUGACAAAUGGUGUGAUCAACGCAGCUUUCAUGCUUCUCUUCAAAGAUGCGAUUCGACUGUUUGCUGCCUACAAUGAAGGCAUAAUCAACCUCCUGGAGAAAUACUUUGACAUGAAGAAAGUUCAGUGCAAAGAUGGACUUGAUAUCUACAAAAAAUUCCUUACACGAAUGACAAGAAUCUCCGAGUUCCUCAAGGUUGCAGAGCAAGUGGGGAUUGAUAGAGGAGACAUCCCAGAUUUGUCUCAGGCCCCCAGCAGCCUGCUGGAUGCCCUGGAACAGCACUUGGCCUCUUUAGAGGGAAAGAAAGUAAAAGAAUCAACAGCAGCCAGCAGGGCCAGCACCCUCUCCAGUGCGGUCUCUUCCCUGGCCAACACCGGCAUCUCUUUCACCAAAGUGGACGAGAGGGAAAAACAGGCAGCCUUGGAGGAAGAGCAGACUCGCCUAAAAACACUAAAAGAGCAGCGUCUCAAAGACCUCCAGAGGAAUCCUGCAACAGCAACCACAGACUCCUCCCCUGUCUCCUCAAUGGGUGGUACAAUCAAUUCAGCCCCUGCGAUUGACCUCUUCUCCAUCCCCAGCUCCACCAACAGCAUGUCCAAGGCAGCCAAUGACCUUCUGGACCUGCAUCCAGCCUUCCAGCAGUCGCUGCCUCACACCACCAAUAACUCAUGGGGAGAUCCUUUUAACUAUGCUGCAGAAGCUGUGGAGGAAUCUACUCCAAACUCAAACCCUUUCAUCACAAUACCUGUUGUCGAUGCUGUCCACCCGUCCACGGCGUCCUCGGACGCCGGCAGUCUGUCCUCUCAAACACCUAGUCAUGAAGUGUUCGAUCAUUACGCUCCUUUUUUUGACUCCAGCCCUUCGCUGACAUCUGAUCUUGAAACUGGUGCACAGAUCGAGACAUUUAUCACAGACUCCUUCUGUGGGCCAAGCCCUUACACCACUCUCUUCCAAUUUGAGCACCCUGCUGUAGCUGGUCUAUUCAGAGGGUUUACAGCCUCCCCAACACCACAGCAGCCACAAGACUCUCGAGGCCUUAACGUCGACUUUGACUCAGUAUUUGGCAACAACACUAACGCUAACAACCUGGAUUCUUCUGGUGGCAUCCUCAAACCCACAGUGACAUCCUCACCCAAUCAGAGCAUGACCCUGAAUGGCCAACAACCCAACAGACUUGUGUCCAAUGACCUGGACUCCUCACUGGCCAAUCUUGUCGGCAAUCUAGGAAUGAACAACGGCACAGCAAAGAAUGAUCUUCACUGGAGUCAGCCUGGUGAGAGGAAGCUGACGGGUGGAAGCAACUGGCAACCCAAGUCAGCACUUUCCACCACCUGGAACCCUGCAACCAUGGCUCCAUCUGUCAUGGCCUACCCUGCAACCACACCGACAGGCAUGAUGGCAUAUGCAAUGCCUCCUCACAUGGGCUCAAUGAUGAUAACACAGCCCACUAUGAUGUACAACCAGCCUGUGAUGAGGCCGGCCAACCCCUUCAGCCCCAACCCAGGUGCUCAGUCCCCCACAACCUCUAGUCCCUCCAGUCUCAGCCCCCUCAGAGCUCCAGGGAAGGACCCCUUUGCACAGCUCUUUCUACAGAAUUUUUUAUAGAGCAUCUUUAGAUGCAGUUUAUGUAACCUGAGGAGGGGCAGGGAGUCGUUCCCAUCUGAAGAUGAUUCACAACAAAGUCAAGUAUCAGAGCAAACCUGCAGUUUGCUCCUAAUGAACUCACCUCUCUGAGAAGGAUAGACCCAAAUAAGACUGAAUAACACCACGGUGACUCAGAGUGGCUCCAGCCCGCUCACUGGACAUCGUGCCAAUCUCGUCACGUCUAAGUCACAGUGGAGGAGGAGGAGGAGGAGGGAGCGUGGGCUGCCAUUCAAAUCAUGUGGACUCAUGUGGACAGGGAUCAGCCCAUACUGUAUCCUGGACUAAGAGAAACUCAACACCUAAAGGGAGGGACUUCUGACAUCACCGUUUGUGUACAUGGAAAAAAGAAAAGAGAGUUGUUGCGUGUGCACACAAACGCACACAAACAUUUUUUUUGAGUUGUCUCUUACUGUUUUCGUUCCUCUUUCUCCAGGCGAGGCUGGAAAGUUGUCUCCUUUUGAUCAUGAUUAUUUACCCCAAACUUCCUCAAAUUAAGACAAUUGCAAAAUGUGUACCACACUUUUUUCUUUUGUGUUCUUUGUAUGUAUUGUUUGCAGUAGACAUUCCUUGUAUAUUGUUUGUAUUUAUUUAUGAUUACCUAUCGAAAGGAUGACAUUAUCAAACAAAAUGUGAACAGUCACUGACCUGCCUCAUGUGGAAGGUCUUCGGGUUUAUACAUAGGUAUGAUUGAUUGUAGAAUUGGAUUUUGAGUGAUUGAGACGAUUUUUUUGAAACAAAAAAGUUAAUAUAAAGUUUUAAAAAAGAUGACACGUUUUGCUGCUGGGGCACUGAAUAUUCUCUGUACUCGCAUGAUGCCUUGUACAGUUAUAUGUGGCUCGGGAGUGGUGGGUUGUCAACACUGGGGAUCUGUUUCAAAGUAAUUAUUCAUUAACACCAUCAAAUCUGCUAAUUUAUGACUUCAAUUUCUAUGAAUUGGACCACAUGUUUCACGUCAGCAGAAGCACUACAUUGUACGAUGGAGGCAGCAUUGCAUUGGAGAGGAGUUGCUGUUUCUGCUUUUGAUGCUUUUGGCAUGUCAUUUAUUCUUCCAUUUAACAAAGCUCCUGGCUGCCCCUUUCUCCGGCCUGAAUGUCCUGGGUUGCUUUCAUGGUUAGAUCAUGUUUUCAUAGGCCAGCACCUGGGUGCUUUGGGCACAGUGGGGGAUGGGGUAGAGGUGGGGUUGGGGCCACAAAGGUCCAGUGGUGCAGGAGAAUGGAGCACUGUUGAUCGGUGCUUUGUGUAUAUAAAACUGAUCCUGCAGACAAGGGGUGGGGUGUGGAUAUGAUAUAUGGCCUGAACAUGAAAGUGGCCCCUAAUCCAUUAACUGAGCAUAUUUGUUGCAUUGUCCCUGCAGAUUAUAUUUUUUGUUAGAUUUUUGUUUUGCUUCCCAAUAAAUUGAAAGCUUCCACAAUC